UAUAUAGAUAUUGCUAUGUCUGCGAGGAAGCAAUACCCGAAAUAUUAAAAAUCAUGAGCUGUUAUAAUAUUUUCCUUCCACUUCUUGUUUUAUCAUUUCUUCUUUUCACUUUCUUGCCGGGAGCUGCCCAUGGUAGCAAAAAGUGCUACAUUGUGUACUUGGGAGCACAUUCUCAUGGUCCAACCCCUACUUCUCUUGACUUGGAAACCGCCACAUAUUCUCAUUAUGAUUUGCUAGGUUCAGUUUUGGGAAGCCAUGAGAAAGCGAAAGAGGCCAUGAUAUACUCAUACAAUAAGCACAUCAAUGGCUUUGCCGCUUUACUUGACGAGGAUGAAGCAGCAAUCAUUGCAGAAAACCCAAAUGUGGUUUCUGUGUUCGUGACCAAAAAGCACAAAUUGCACACAACACGGUCGUGGGAAUUUCUUGGACUACACAGAAAUGACAAGAACUCAGCAUGGCCAAAGGGAAGGUUUGGUGAAAAUACAAUAAUCGCCAAUAUUGAUACAGGCGUUUGGCCAGAAUCCACGAGUUUCGACGACACGGGAUAUGGCCCCAUCCCAUCAAAAUGGCGCGGGGGUAACGUCUGUCAAAUAAAUAACUUCCAGAGUCCUAGGAAAAAGCAUUGCAACAGGAAGUUGAUUGGAGCAAGAUUUUUCAUCAGAACUUUCGAGGCAUACUAUGGGAAACUUGACGGGAAGUUGCAGACAGCUCGUGACUUUGUAGGGCACGGGACACACACUUUAUCGACAGCAGGUGGCAACUUCGUGGAAGGAGCAAGCGUAUUCGCGGUUGGGAAUGGGACAGCAAAGGGUGGGUCUCCAAGAGCCAGGGUUGCAGCCUACAAAGUCUGUUGGUCUCUACAGGAUGAAUCAGAUUGCUUUGGGGGCGAUAUCUUGUCCGCAAUCGACCAGGCCAUAAACGACGGUGUUGAUAUCAUCUCCAUCUCCAUCGGCGACCAAUAUUUAGUGCACCCUGAAGAUAUAUUCACCGAUGAGAUAUCCAUUGGCUCAUUCCAUGCUAUUUCUAACAACAUAUUGUUCGUUGCCUCUGGCGGAAAUGACGGACCAACACCUGGAACCGUCGCUAAUGUGGCUCCCUGGAUAUUCACGGUUGCUGCUAGCACAACAGAUAGAAAUUUUAGUAGUACCAUUACUUUUGGUAACGGUCAACAAAUCACGGGAGCCAGUUUAUUCGUAGACUUGCCACCUAACCAGGCCUUUCCUCUGAUUCUUGCUGCUGAUGGUAAACUUGCCAAUGCCACAACUCGAGAUGCUUCACUUUGUAGGCGAGGGACACUUGACCCAGCAAAAGUCCGCGGAAAGAUAGUGGACUGCCUGAGGGAAGGAAAAAUAAAAUCAGUUUCCGAGGGUUUGGAAGCUCUGGACGCAGGUGCCAGGGCAAUACUCGUGCAAAAUCAAGAGCAAAAUGGAGAGACAACUCUUGCUGAGCCUCACAUUAUGUCCGGUGUGAAUUAUCCAGCUUUAGACCCAAAUGCUAUCAAAGGAAAAAAACCAUCACACCCACCUUUUCAUGACACUGCUACCACUGAUAUUUCAAUAACCUUGCCUACAACAGUAAUGUUCUCCCCAGUACAUACAUUCUUUAAUAUAAAACCAGCUCCAGUUAUGGCUUCAUUCUCCUCUAGAGGACCGAGUCAAAUUCAGCCAUCAAUACUCAAGCCUGAUAUUACAGCACCAGGAACAAACAUACUUGCUGCCUACUCACUAUUCGCUAGUGCGUCUGACAUACUAGUAGAUGGUCGUCGAGGGUUUCGAUUCAAUGUGCUGCAAGGAACAUCUAUGUCUUGCCCUCAUAUAACUGGAGUUGCCGGACUUCUCAAAACUCUUCAUCCUCACUGGAGUCCCGCUGCUAUUAAGUCUGCAAUCAUGACCACCGCAACUACACUAGACAACUCAAACGGCCCUAUCAAAGAUGCAUUUGAUGAUAAGCUAGCGAAUUCUUUUGCUUAUGGAUCAGGACAUGUUCGACCAAACCUUGCAAUAGAUCCAGGACUUGUUUAUGAUCUGCACCUUGACGAUUAUUUGAACUUCUUAUGUGCCUCUGGAUACAAUCAACAAGCCAUUUCAGCACUUAAUUUCAACAGGACUUUCACUUGCAAAGGAAAUCACAGCAUAGACGACUUGAAUUACCCUUCAAUCACAUUGCCAAAUCUAAAGUUGAGUCCAGAAACUGUUACUCGUACACUCACCAAUGUGGGUCCCCCAGGCACAUAUAACGUUACUGCCAAAGUGGACGGAUGCAAAAUUACUGUUGUGCCCAAUUCCUUGACUUUUACUAAAUUAAAUGAAAAGAAAACCUUCAAGGUUACUGUGCAAGCAUCAAGUGUGAUUCAGAGUUAUAAAUAUCAAUUUGGUGAAUUGAUAUGGACAGAUGGAAAGCACAGAGUCAGGAGUCCUAUUACAAUCCGACGCCGCAAAUGAGUUUAUGUAUAGAAUGUUACUGUUUAAUGUAACCAUGGCGAAUGUUGUGUGCUUUAUUCCUCGUGUAUUUAUAUUAUGUUUUCUUCAGAUAUGUAUUAUGCGUGCGUGCAUGAACAUGGUUUGUACUAUUAAUAAUUAUCCGAGAAUAAUAUUUAAUGUAAAAGUUUGAACUA